CCCUCCUCUUCGACCUGUGUCAUCAAAUCAAUGAAGUUACGCGCUAAUGAAGAACCUCCCCGUGCUGUGUUAGUGAGCACUCUGCAGGCAGGGAGCUGAUUCACACACGGAUCUCCUGCAGUGAAAGGCAACACACACCACGGAGAGAAAUGGACACCGCAGUGAUCGUCUCUGCCUCCAGGACGCCCAUAGGGUCCUUCAAUGGCGCACUGAGCGGUGUCGCACCUUCUGAUCUGGCAGCGGUAGUCAUUAAGGAUGUCCUGAAGAGGGCAGAUGUAAAGCCAGAUGAGGUAUCUGAGGUCAUCAUGGGACACGUCCUCACUGCAGGCCAUGGACAGAACCCGACACGUCAGGCCAGUGUUGGUGCGGGUAUCCCAUACUCUGUGCCUGCGUGGAGCUGUCAGGUGGUGUGUGGAUCUGGUCUAAAAGCUGUGUGUCUCGGAGCUCAGUCCAUCAUAAUGGGAGAGUCCACAGUAGUGGUGGCAGGAGGCAUGGAAAGCAUGAGCCGGGCACCUCACAUAGUGCAGAUGAGGUCAGGAAUAAAGAUGGGAGAUGCCUCACUACAGGACUCUAUACUGGCAGAUGGACUCACAGAUGCUUUCCACAGCUGCCACAUGGGUAUCACAGCAGAGAACGUGGCUAAGCAGUGGGGAGUGACCCGAGAAGCUCAGGAUCAGUAUGCUGUCACCUCUCAGAGCAGAACUGAGGCAGCCCAGAAGGCUGGUUACUUUACCCAGGAGAUUGUUCCAGUUAGUGUUCCUUCCAGAAAAGGGCCAGUAGAAGUAAAAGUCGAUGAAUUUCCUCGCCAUGGGAGCAACGUGGAUGCCAUGUCCAAGCUGAAGCCCUGUUUUCUAAAGGACGGCUCUGGCACAGUCACGGCUGGAAAUGCAUCAGGAAUAAAUGAUGGCGCUGCAGCUACCGUGCUCAUGAGCCAAUCGGAGGCUCAGAGGCGUGGUCUGCAGCCAAUGGCGCGAAUCGUCUCAUGGGCUCAGACUGGCAUUGAUCCAUCCAUCAUGGGCACAGGGCCGAUUUCAGCCAUCAGAAAAGCAACAGAGAAGGCUGGUUGGCAGCUGCCUGAGGUGGAUCUGUAUGAAAUCAAUGAGGCCUUCGCUGCUCAGUGUCUCGCAGUGGUCCAGGAACUUGGACUGAACCCUGACAAGGUGAACGUCUGCGGUGGCGCCAUCUCUCUGGGUCAUCCUCUGGGCAUGUCUGGCUGCAGGGUGUUGGUGACCCUCCUGCAUGCCCUUCAGAGGACGGGGGGCAAAAAAGGGGUUGCUGCACUGUGUAUUGGAGGGGGAAUGGGAAUCGCUAUGUGUGUAGAGAGAAUUUAAGAUGCCCUUAAAGACACAUACCAACCAGCUGCUGUUCCAGAAAACUACAAGGGGUCUUACAUUAAUUUGUUGAAAUUGUAUUUAAAAUUUAUUAUGAAAAGUAUCUGUUAUAUUUUUCUAAUUUCGUCAUUUCUUGCAGACACUGAAUGGGUUUCUCUGAAGUAUUAAUCGAUAUGAUGAUCUUUAGAAAAUCAGCUACAUUAAUCCUCACAGUUUACUUUGACUCUCAUGUUUACAUGCUCGGGUUAUGGAUGAUGAAUGAUGCAUGGGGUAAGAAUAUGAUAUCUGAUAAAACCCUAAGCUAAAGUAAAAGCAUAACUUGGAUGGUUAUCUAUGUGAAUAACAUUACAUGGAAAUGUGAUGAUUGUAGAUGUUAAUAUCAUUUCUUGGUCUACAGUAUGUCAUAAGCUGUAACGCUUGAUAGUAUGCAAUACGAACUUCUAGCUCUACACAUUCCAUUUAUGUAAUGUUAUGCUUUACAUUUAUUCUACAGUUUUCUUGUUCUGUGGCUCAGACCCACUGUGUUAAGUCAGAUGUCUUCUUUAAUUAACAGUCAGAAAUAGUUUUAAUGAUAUUGAUCAAUUAAGAAAUGUCUUCUACCUUAACUUGCCUUAGCCUACACUUUACGAUGUGCCAUGAGGCUGAAUUAGCCUCAGUCCUGUGCUUCCUGCCAACAACCUGAUAAACGCUGUGUAUGAAAUACUGUAUGUGCCGGUUCGAAACCUCUACAGAAAAAAAAUUGUCUACAUAUUAAACUCUACUGUGUAUCUCCUGAGGGAAUAAAAAAAAAACAUAAACUAUAUGGUCUAACAAUUA